AUGGAGUCUAAACCCGGUCUUCUCGCAGUCUACUUAGCUGUGGUUUCCACGCUCAUCACCCAACAUGGACGGGUUAGAGGACAACUCUCCCCACCUGUGUGUCAGACCUGGAACUCCACAACUGUGGUGUGUGCAGGGGAGUAUGAUCAAUACCUGCAACUAACCCGCGCGCCUCUAAGGCAAGUACCGCCCGGCAUCCCCGAGUCUGUCAUCACCUUGGAUCUAAGCAACAACAACAUCACUCGUAUCGAAACCGGACAUAUCCCAGUGUUGGUCCAGCUGGAACAUCUAGAUCUCAGUCAUAACGCCAUCAACACCGUCAUGCCUUCCGCCUUCCGUGGACUAUCGCGGCUGAGAUUCCUGGAUCUUAGCAACAACAAUAUACAGUAUAUAGCAGAGAUGACAUUUCAAGGUUUGGGCAACCUCACACACUUAAACCUGACUGCUAACAAGAUAACUGUAGUUGGGAACGCUUUUCUCCGUUUGUACGGGUUGAGGCACCUGAAUCUUAGGAGCAACAGGCUAACAGUCUUAAAUCAAACAACACUAGGCCCAGUUUUCAACCGGUUAGACACUAUCGAUGUUGCAGACAACCCGUUUGUGUGCGACUGUAGCGUACUGUGGUUUGUUGAGUGGGCCAACAAAAAAUACGACAGGGUAGCGAACUUGUACAACCCUUAUCCUGACGUUGGUGCAGACUACACGUGUUCCCGUCCAGUAGAACUGAGCGGAAGACGUUUGAUAGACGGGUUGGUCCAGACACAAGCCAACGACAGAGAGGAUCCAUUAAAACGUACGUUCUUUGAAACAGUCUGUAACCCAGGAUUCCAACCAAACCGCCUCCUGGCUUGUGUGCUCGCCUCUUCCGGUAUCUUCGUCGCCAUGAUGACCAUUUUCCUGGUGGACUACCACAUCGGCCGUGUUCAGUACUACCUGUGGAUGUUGGCCAAGUGGAGGAGACCGAAGAUUGGCGAAGUAGAAAACCAAGAGCCGCCCAGAUACACGCACGAUGCAUUUAUUGCCUACAACAACCAGGACGUCAUGUGGGUUGUACAUGAAGCAAUAGAGAAUCUGGAACCUGACUAUAGUCUGGUCAUACACGAGAGGGACUUUGCAGUCGGUGCUCCCAUUGUGGAAAACAUCGCGGAUGCCGUGGAAAACAGCCGGAGAACCGUCUGCCUCAUCACCAGGAACUUCCUGAAGAGUAAAUGGUGCGAGUACGAGUUUCAGAUGGCCCAGUACAACAUGUUUGAGGAGGGGGGAGGGAGGCGUCUCAUCCUGGUGUUUCUGGAGAAGAUUCCUGACAGGAUGCUGAAACGGUUCCGCCAUCUGAACGCCGUGAUGAAGAGGGACACGUACCUGACGUGGCCGGACGACGUGCGGAAAAGGCCGCUGUUCUGGAGGCGGCUACGAGACGCUCUGGGCGAUCCUCUACCCCGUGACCCAGAGCCUCAGCAGCAGGUACAAGAUCCGGAACGGAACAUUCCGGAACUGCAGGUACAACAUCCGGAACGGAACAUUCCGGAACAGCAGGUACAAGAUCCGGAACGGAACAUUCCGGAACGGCAGGCACAAGAUCCGGAACGGCUGGUACAACAUCCGGAACGGAACUUUCCGGAUCAGCAGGUAGAAGACCCGGACCAGCCUCCGGUAAGGAACAUUGUGGAAGUGCAGGUGCAUGCCCCCAUGCGGAACAUUCCGGAACAGCAAGAGGAAUUUAUAUUACCAGAGCCAGACGACCUGUGGUUUGGAGAUGGGGAUGAUGUGCCCCUCCUACCUCUGUAG